AUGAAUUGGAGUUGUAGUUGUCAGAACAAGAUUCCAGAUGUUUUACCUUUUCAAUGGCCUGUGACAGUUGCCGAAUGUAAUGGAAAAGAGCAAACAUGUGAAUCAGGUUGUGGUAGUGGAAGUACAGCAGAUCUAUGUCGAUCCCAAUGUUCUCAAUAUUUCAAAUGUAAUCGCCCUGGAAGUCAACCCAGUUCUCUUCGACUUGAUUAUCCUCCAUCAUCCUCAUCUUCAUCUUCUUCAUCAUCCACCUCAUCAUCAGCAUCAUCAUUAUCAUCAUCAUUAACAUUUUCUAUACCCUUUGUAAAAAGCAUCUUCAUAUCAUACCCUAUUGUUCUUUUAUUCAUUUGUAUUGUUUCAUUUUUCUAG